UGAAUAUAUGCCGGAUCUAGGCCUCUCCUACGUUAGCAAUUCUCGAGUCAAAGGCUUCUCUCUCCCUUUGUUCUCUACUAAUUUUAUUUAUGAUAUUUGAAACCAAACUGUUCAUUUUUUAUAAAACCUUAUAAUUACACAAACUGGUCCGUGCGCACACACUCUCUUUGUCUUGUAAAAAACUACAAUCUCGCUGAAACACAACACAACAACCAUGGUCGCCGCUCUAAACAGCGACCUGUUUGCCAGAACAGUGACAGACAAGAUCAACAACGCACUCUACCGACAGGUCCACAGCUUUCGGCACAAGCAGCUUGCACUCUUAACACGCUUGGUGCUCAUAUACGCGAGAUAUCAAAAGCCCAUCCAGAGGUCCAUUGUGGCGCUUAUAUGCCUUGCGCUGGCUGAACGUCUGCACAAAAUGGUCCGGCUAGUGACAUCCACCACCGAACGCAAAUCAACAAACAGCAGCAAUAAGGGCGGCGCAUCCGCUGCAGGAACUCCACGGCGCGGUGGUGCACAGCUGGACAAGCAGUUUUUUGAUAAUCUCCGCCGACUCGUUUCCAUAGUUGUUCCGGGCGUGGCCAGCCGGGAGUGCGCCAUGCUGGCAGCGCACACUGUGCUGCUAGUGUUCCGUACAUUUCUUUCGGUGGCCGUGGCGGCGCUGGACGGCCAGAUUGUUAGUGCCUUGGUGCGCCUUCAGGGGCGCGAGUUCUUGUGGGGGAUUGCGCGGUGGAUGGGGAUGGCUGUGCCGGCCACCCUGACCAACAGCCUGCUGACCUACCUGCAGAGCAUACUGGCAAUUAAGUUCCGCCAGAACCUGACCGAGCAUGUUCACAAAAAGUAUCUCGGCGGCAACACAUACUAUGCUGUGGGCAACCUCGAUGACCGCGUGCGGAACGCUGACCAGCUGAUUGCCGUGGAUAUUCGCAAGUUCUCGGAGUCCCUGGCCGCACUGUACUCCAACCUGGCCAAGCCCACUCUUGACGCUCUCGUAUACAAUGUCCAGCUGGCGCGCAGUUUGGGUGUCGAAUCCUUGUUUGGUAUUAUGGUGAUUAUCCAGGCUUCCAUGGCUAUGAUGCGUGCGCUGGCGCCGCCCUUUGGCCAGUUGGUCGCGCAGGAGCAGCGCCUCGAGGGCGAUUUUCAUUUCGCACACGCGCGGCUCAUUGAGCACGCCGAAGAGAUUGCGUUGUUCCGUGGACAUGAGGCUGAGAAACUGACGAUUGUCCAUAGGUAUACGCGGCUCGUGCGCCAUGUCAACCGCAUUGUUCGCUUGAACGUGUUUUACAGUAUGCUGGAGGACUUUGUUGUCAAGUAUUUCUGGGGCGCCGCUGGUUUAGUCGCCUGCGCUGCGCCGGUGUUUGCCAAGCGCCUUCCAGGCGCCGCCGCCGCAGCCACCGCCGCUACAGCUAGUUCUGGGGACCUUGGAUCGCGCACGCGUGACUUUAUCACCAAUCGCCGUCUGCUGCUUAGCGGAUCGGACGCGCUGGGUCGCAUGAUGUACUCGUACAAGGAGAUUGUCGAGCUGGCCGGAUACACCGAGCGCGUCACCGACUUGCUGACUGUUCUCGAUGACGUUGUCGAGGGCCAGUACACCAAGACCAAGGUGGGCACUGCCGCCGCUCUUUCUGAAAAGAGCCCGGCAGCUCGUGGGCCCGACAUUGUCUCGCAGCGCGGCCGUGUGGUCGAGAGCCCUGACGACGUUGAGUUCAUUGGCGUACCGAUCGUGUCGCCCAACGGCGAUAUGCUGGUAAACAGUUUGAGCUUCCACGUGACGCCUGGGCGCCACCUGCUGAUCGUUGGACCCAACGGGUGUGGCAAAUCGUCCAUGUUCCGCAUCCUCGGCGGACUGUGGCCAGUCUACAGCGGCACUGUGCGAAAGCCCAGCAUGCGGCAGAUAUUUUAUAUUCCGCAGCGGCCCUACCUGCCCAUUGGCACACUGCGCGACCAGCUUAUCUACCCGGACACAGUGGCGGAUAUGGCGGCGCGGGGCACGACAGAUGCGCAGCUGCUGGAUAUCCUGGAGGUCGUGCAGCUGCGCUACGUGGUUGAGCGCGAAGGCGGCUGGGAUGCGGUCAAGCUGUGGAAGGACGCACUUUCGGGUGGCGACAAGCAGCGGAUCGCUAUGGCACGGCUGUUCUACCAUCGCCCACAGUACGCCAUCAUGGAUGAGUGCACGAGCGCAGUCAGCAUGGAUAUUGAGCGCGCCAUGUAUACGCAUGCGACGGAGCUGGGCAUUACGCUGAUGACUGUAUCGCAUCGCCAGUCGCUGUGGCAAUACCACAAUUAUAUUCUGCAGUAUGAUGGCCAGGGUGGUUAUAUGUUUUCCAAGCUGGAUCCGGAGCGCCGCAUUGCCUUGGUCGAGGAGAAACAGAAUAUUGAACAGCAGCUGGCGGAUAUAAAGGAUCUGGAGGCGCGGUUGCAGGAUUUGGAGAUGCAGGCUGCGGCAUAUUAAUAAUUUUCUUUGAAAUUUUUUUUACUCACAUGCCCAGUAUUUAAUUUUUUAUCAUUUCACGAUUUCUCUUUCCUUUCUUUCCUUUUCUUUUUUCUCUGUUUACUUUAAGUGU